AUGGUCGACUGCUUGACCAUGACUUUGAAAUACAUUACGAGUGUUUUAUUUAUAUUUGCCUUGACCUCUCAAAAUGUCAACAGUAAAUCGGCAUAUAAAAUAUGUGUGCCAGCGCAACAUUUAAAAGCAUGCGAGGAGAUGUUGGAGAUACCUACGAAAAGCAAAGCUUUACUAGAAUGUAUUCCUGCAAGAGAUAGAGUGGAAUGUUUGAGCUAUGUACAACAACGGCAGGCUGAUUUGGUACCCGUCGAUCCCGAGGACAUGUACGUAGCCUCCAAAAUCCCUAACCAGGAUUUCGUCGUCUUCCAAGAGUACAGGACGGACGAGGAGCCAGACGCGGAAUUUCGGUACGAGGCGGUAAUAGUCGUUCACAAAGACCUGAACAUAAAUAACUUAGAUCAACUCAAGGGUCUGAAGUCCUGUCACACGGGAGUUAACAGGAACGUCGGAUACAAAAUACCGCUAACGAUGCUUAUGAAGCGGGAAAUAUUCCCAAAAAUGACUGACCGGACAAUAUCGCCUAAGGAGAAUGAAUUACGCGCCCUUUCGACGUUCUUCAAGAAAUCUUGUAUCGUUGGUACUUGGUCACCGGAUCCAAAGACAACUGCUGCGUGGAAGGGUCAAUAUAGCCAAUUGUGUGCGAUGUGUGAACAUCCCGAGCGAUGUGAUUAUCCGGAUAACUACAGCGGGUAUGAGGGAGCUUUAAGGUGCCUCGCCCAUAAUGGUGGAGAGGUCGCCUUUACUAAGGUCAUAUAUGUGCGGAAGUUCUUCGGGUUGCCAGUAGGCACUACACCCGCCAGCCAAUCACCAGAGAACCCUGACGAGUUCUCAUAUCUAUGCGCGGAUGGGUCUAAAGUACCGGUUAGGGAGAAGCCUUGUUCCUGGGCCGCACGGCCUUGGCAAGGGCUAUUGGGACAUAAUGACGUCCUUGCCCAGCUGUCCCCACUUAGGGAAAAGAUAAAGCAGUUGGCUGAUGCUGGUGCCAGCUCCAAGCCCGAUUGGUUUGUAAAUGUACUCGGUCUCUCUGAUAAAAUCCAUCAUGUCGCUGAUAAUAUACCAAUCAGACCAGCCGACUACUUGCAAAAGGCGAACUACACUGAAGUCAUUGAACGUGGCCAUGGACCACCUGAGCCAGUUGUGAGGUUAUGUGUAACAUCAAACGUGGCGUUAGCAAAAUGCCGUGCAAUGUCAGUGUUUGCCUUCAGUAGAGAUAUUAGACCAAAAUUGGAUUGUGUACAAGAAGCCUCGGAGGAUGCCUGUCUUAAAAGUGUACAAGACAAUGGAUCAGAUUUGGCCUCCGUUGACGGAAUGAGGGUAGCGUCAGCCUCAAAGAAAUACAACCUCCAUCCCGUAUUCCACGAAGUGUAUGGAGAAAACAAAAUACCUAAUUAUGCUGUUGCGGUAGUUAAGAAAAACAGUGUAUUUGCUAAAAUUGACGAUUUGAGGGGAAAACGAUCAUGUCACAACUCCUUCAGUACUUUCAGUGGGCUGCAGGCUCCACUUUAUUAUUUAAUCAACAAAAGACUCAUAAGUUCUGAUCAGUGUAUCAAGAAUUUCGGUGGCUUCUUUGAUGGGUCCUGUUUGCCUGGUGUAGACAAAGCAGAAAAUAAUCCAAGAGGCGAUGAUGUAUCAAAGUUGAAGAAGCAAUGCUCAGGAGAUGGCAACGCAGUCAAAUGCUUGAAAGAAGAUAGAGGAGAUGUUGCAUUUGUUUCUAGUGCAGACUUAUCUAACCUCGAUGCAUCUCAAUAUGAACUACUAUGCCUUAACAGGGAUGCUGGGGGCAGAGGUGAUCUUAGUAGCUUUGCUACUUGUAACAUUGCAAUGGAGCCGUCCAGAACUUGGUUAUCUGCUAAAGAUUUCCUAUCAGAUGUUUCUAUUGCUCAUACACCUUUAAGUCUGGCACAACUGCUUGAUAAAAGAUCUGAUCUGUUUAAUAUUUAUGGGGAAUUCUUGAAGAAUAAUAACAUUAUUUUCAAUAAUGCCGCCAAAGGUCUAGCCACAACUGAAAAGUUGGACUUUGAAAAAUUCAAAACAAUCCACGAUGUUCUAAACAAUUGCGGAGUUGCAUGA